AUGGAUGCUAUGAGCCACGACUUACAUAGAGCUGCUCGGUCACCGUUCUUAGACAGCAUUGAACGGGCCCUAAUGCCGAGCAGAUUUAUGCGCCUACCAUUCAAUUCCUAUGAUGGGAAAACGGACCCGGUAGAGCACGUCAGCCAUUAUAUCCAGAUGAUGUCUCUGCAUACUCACAAUGACGUGCUAAUGUGUAAGGUAUUUCCUUCAAACUUCAGGCUCACUGCUUUGAGAUGGUUUAAUGGACUACGAAAGGGUUCCAUUCACAAUUUUGCCAAGUUAAUCCAAGAAUUCGGUGUCCGAUUUGUAACCUGUAGUCGAGUACCGCAACCAGUAGACGCAUUACUAUCUAUGAAAAUGAGGGUUGGAGAAACCCUUCACAGUUAUGCCAGUCGGUAUUGGGAGCUUUAUAAUGAGAUCGGUGGGGGAAAUAAGAAGAUUGCAUUGAGCACCUUUAGAAUGGGGCUACCCAAGAACUCUGAACUACGGGAGUCAUUGACGAGGAAGCUUCCCAAGGAUAUGAGGCAACUGAUGAGGCAUAUUGAGGAGUACAAAUGCCUAGUGGAUGACCGGCAGCAGAGUAAAGGUAAAGCCCCAUUAGUAAGUCGUCCUUGGCCGGGUGGUUUUCAGCCAAGGUCCCAAAAGGAUUUAAGGAUACAAGAGCCGAAGGUACAACUGGGGUAG